UUGGCGUUGCACUCUUUCUUCGUUCCGUUCUCAAGAACUCGAAGUCGCCCAGCAAUGGCAGCCAAAGCUUCCUUUCUCAUCAUCUUCCUCGUGCUGCUUUCUCUGUGUUCGGCUUUCCCUAGUAAUUACAGGAAGCAAUACAAACCAUGCAAAAACCUGAUACUAUACUUUCACGACAUUAUUUACAACGGAGAGAAUGCUGGUAAUGCCACGUCUGCAAUUGUAGCAGCUCCAGAUGGUUCUAACUUAACCAAAUUAGCAGGUCAAUUCCACUUUGGGAACAUCGCAGUCUUCGAUGACCCCAUCACGCUCGAUAAUAACCUUCACUCCAAACCUGUUGGGAGGGCACAGGGAUUUUACAUUUACGAUACCAAGAACACUUACACCGCUUGGCUCGGAUUCACGUUCGUGCUCAACAGCACAGAUCAUCAAGGCACGAUCAACUUCGCUGGAGCUGACCCCAUUUUGCAGAAAUCCAGAGAUGUCUCAGUAAUUGGUGGCACCGGAGAUUUCUUCAUGCACCGCGGAGUUGCCACCAUCGUCACCGAUGCUUUUGAAGGCGAAGUUUAUUUCAGGCUGCGUGUAGACAUUAAGUUCUAUGAGUGUUGGUGAUGAACAAAUUAGUAGACAAGUAUGCGUCGAUCGAGUAACUAAGAUAUAAACAUAUACACAGUUGAGACUCGAGUGUUGCGCCAAUUCGUUGAGUGCGGUCUACAUAUGAUGACGAGGGAAACAACAGAUUGUUAACGUGGAAGUUCUAUAGUUAGUUCAGAAGUUUCACCUCACGCAUGGCUCAUGUAUCAAAAGUAAGCUUCUUGUGUCUUUAAUAUUAUAUUGUUUCAAUUAAAGUCAUUUUCUGCUUCCAA